AUGGACAUCCGCAAAUUUUUUGCCAAAAGAAAAUUGGAUGAUCUUGAAUCUGAUAAGGAAGGAAGAGAAGAAUCUGGACAUGGUGAACAAGAAGCAGAACCAAGCACAAGCAGUUCUGCAGAUCCAGUUACAGCGCCAACAGAAUGUAGCAAUCUCGAUGCUCCCGUAAAUGAUAUCGGAUUGUAUAUGAAUUCAUACAAAAAGCUAACAGAUGAUCUGAAAUGCAAUCUGCUAGUAAUUCAUGCAUACACACCGCCAGAAAAUUAUGACUUUAAAAAGGAUUCUAGUGGACCACGCUGUUUCCGUUGAGUGUGGUUAAGUCAAUAUUCACCAUGGCUUAGCUACUCUCCACAACUAAAAGGUGCAAUUUGCAAAUAUUGCACAGUUUUUCCUCAGCCAGUACAUCGUGGGACACAAGGAGCUUUCAUAACGACACCUUUCACCAAAUAUAAAGAUUUGCAUGAAAGUGCACGCAACCAUAUCUCAACAUCAUGGCAUAAAAAUGCCCAUGCGGAUGCAAAUCAAUUUCUGGAGAACAGAAAGAAACCGGAAACAAGUAUUGUUUGCCAAAUAGAUAGCGCUGUGAAGCGUCAUGUUGAAGAAAAUCGAAUAAAGUUAUUUCCAAUUCUGUCUACUAUCAUAUUUUAUGGCAAUCAUGACAUAGCUUUGUGUGGGAAAAAAAGUACAAGCGGAAAUGUUCAAAGUCUUUACCAAUUUCGCAUUGAAGCAGGAGAUGUAGUCCUAAAGAACCAUCUGGAGAAUGCGCCAAUUAACACACGCUACACAUCAGUUCGAGUUGAAAAUGAAUUGAUUGCCUUGUGCGAGGAAACUUUAAGAGAGGAUCUGGUUAACUUAGUCAAUAGGUCAAAUGGUUUUUCAGUCAUUGCUGAUGAAAGUGCUGACAUAUCUGGAAAAGAACAGAUGUCAAUUGGAGUACGUUUUGUAGACACAAGUAGCACCGUAGGGGUCAUCAAAGAAGAAUUCCUUGGAUUUGCAACCUUAAAAGAAAUGAAUGCUACCUCAAUUGCAAAUAUGAUUAUGGACUCCUGUUCUAAAUUUGGAUUAAACUUGGAAAAACUCCAUGGCCAAGGAUAUGAUGGAUGCUCACUGUGCUGCACAUAA